UACUUUUAUCUCAAUUUCUUUUGUCAUAAUUGUCCGGUUAAAAACUGCUGUCUAUUUUCGAUAAUUCUUGAAUAUUUUAAAAUGAAGAAAGCUACUUUCUUCAAAUUUAUUGCAGUGUUAUGUUCACUGUUAAUAACUAUUCCUAUUGUAAUAGUAAUUGCUGAUGAGAAACCCGACGUUGGAACAGUUAUCGGUAUAGAUUUAGGAACAACUUAUUCUUGUGUUGGAGUACACGUAAACGGAAGAGUUGAGAUAUUGACCAAUGACCAGGGUAACCGUAUCACGCCUUCUUAUGUUGCCUUCACCGAUGAUGAACGUCUAAUUGGCGAUGCGGCAAAGAAUCAAUAUUCAAAUAACCCUAGGAACACUAUUUUUGAUGCUAAGCGGCUAAUUGGUCGUCGCUUUAGCGAUAAAGAAGUUCAACAAGAUAUUAGGCACUUUCCAUUCAAGGUCAUUGACAAAGAUGGUAAACCUGUUAUUCAAGUAACUGUAAAAGGCGAAGAAAGAAUAUUUACUCCUGAAGAAAUUUCGGCUAUGAUUCUUGGUAAAAUGAAAGAAAUUGCAGAAUCGUAUUUAGGCAAGAAGGUUACACAUGCAGUAGUUACAGUCCCAGCUUACUUUAAUGACGCUCAAAGACAAGCCACAAAAGAUGCUGGCGUAAUUGCUGGACUUAAUGUCCUUCGUAUUGUAAAUGAACCUACGGCGGCUGCAAUUGCAUAUGGUCUUGAUAAAUCCGAUGGGGAACGUCAGAUUCUUGUCUAUGAUCUUGGUGGUGGUACCUUUGAUGUUUCUCUCUUGUCAAUUGAUGAUGGUGUUUUUGAGGUAUUGGCAACUGCCGGCGAUACACAUUUGGGAGGUGAAGACUUCGACAACCGAGUUAUUGACCACUUCGUUAAACUUUAUAAAAAGAAAAAUAAGAUAGAUGUUACACAAGAUUUAAAAGCUAUGGGUAAAUUAAAGCGUGAAGUUGAAAAAGCCAAGCGUACAUUAUCUUCUCAAAUGUCAACUCGUAUCGAAAUUGAAUCAUUUCAUGAUGGUAAAGAUUUUUCCGAAACUUUGACCCGUGCCAAAUUUGAAGAACUUAAUAAUGAUCUCUUCCGUAAAACAUUAAAGCCCGUUGAACAAGUAUUGAAAGAUGCAAAUAUUGAUAAGAAGGAUGUACACGAUAUUGUACUAGUUGGUGGUUCCACACGUAUUCCCAAAGUUCAACAACUCCUUGAAGAAUUCUUUAAUGGCAAGAAAGCUUCCAAAAACAUUAAUCCUGAUGAAGCAGUUGCAUAUGGUGCCGCCAUACAAGGAGGUAUUCUUUCUGGAGAUGAAGAUGUAAAGGAAAUCCUUUUGGUAGACGUUUGUCCUCUUACACUCGGUAUUGAAACAACUGGUGGCGUUAUGACAAAAUUAAUUCCUCGUAACACUGUAAUUCCUACUAAGAAGUCACAAAUUUUCUCUACCGCCGCGGAUAACCAACCUACUGUAUUAAUUCAAGUUUACGAAGGAGAACGUUCUAUGACUAAAGAUAACAACUUGCUCGGCAAGUUCGAAUUAACAGGUAUACCGCCUGCACCACGAGGUAUACCGCAGAUCGAGGUCACAUUUGAAAUUGAUACCAAUGGUAUAAUGAAAGUAUCUGCAGCAGAUAAAGGUACAGGGAAAACUGAAUCGAUUACAAUUACAAACGAUAAAGGUCGUCUUUCUAAAGAAGAAAUUGAUCGUAUGGUUGAAGAAGCCGAACAAUUUGCUGAAGAUGAUAAGUUUCAAAAGGAACGCGUAGAAUCCAGAAAUCAGCUUGAAAAUUUUGCAUACACAAUCAAAAGUCAAAUUUCUGAUGACGGAGAACUUGGUAAGAAAAUAAGCGAUGACGACAAGAAAACUAUUAAAGAUGCAAUCAAGACGGUUGAAGAUUGGUUGAAUGACCAUUCAAUUUCUGCGACCAAGGAAGAUUUUGAUGAAAAACGGGAAGAAUUACAAUCAAUCGUUAAUCCAAUAACUACUAAAUUGUAUGCUGAUGGUCAAGCUCCACCUUCACACGAGGAACCACCAAGGCAUGAAGAUUUGUAAAAUAAUAAUAAAUAAUAAUAGUAAAUAAUAUAGUUCGAAUCAACGUAGAUCUACAAAAAAAAAUAAUUUUUUCGUUAUUCAUAAUUAUCAUUUUAUAAAUUAAAAUUUAGAUUGUUGGAUAAUUCGGUUGCA